UUGCUGCCUGUGAGAAGAAACACGGAAAAGGGAGUCUGAUUCAGGGAGGAACUUGGUACGCACGGUCUAGCAAGUGCAGUUUGUUGGUUUUCUACUUCCUCAACCUGUUCCCGUAACUGUUUUCCACUUUUGUGAGCGUAAGAAAACCAGUCAAGCCUUGACAUAUCACUCAAAGACAGGUUACUGUGUGUCUGUGUGUGUCCGACGGUUUGGGUUUUCUCAAAAACGAAAGUUAACCGAGGAGGGCCCGUGAAGCCAUGGCUGACAUGUCGGAUGAGGAAAUGGAGGAGCCUUUACCCCUCCAACAGGACCUGACCUGCCCUGUGUGUCAGGGCAUCUUCCGAGACCCCGUCCUGCUGCCCUGUACCCACAGCUUCUGUCGGGAGUGUCUGCAGAGAAGUUUUCAGGUCAACAAAAAGUGUCCCGUGUGCAGGGACCUGUAUGAGGAAGGGCAGGCCAUCGCCAACCGUGCGCUCAGCAGCGCCUGCGAGACCUUCCUCAAACAGGCGAACCGGAGGUCGACCCAGAAACGUCCCAGCGAGGACACCUGUAACCUGCACCUGAAGCCGCUGGAGCUGUACUGUGAGAAGGACGAGGAGCCCGUGUGUGUGGAGUGUGUCAGUCUGCACAGCACACACAGGCUGUAUUCACUGAGAGACGGAGCACCCAUGUGUAGGAAGGAGCUCGGGUUCAAAGUCCAGAUCUUUGAAAAGAAAGUGGAAUCGUACAAUAAAAUGACACAUAAACUCAGCAACGCAGUGGAAUAUAUCAAGUAUCAAGCUGGGCAGGCGGAGAAACAGAUCAAGGCAGAGUUCGAGAGGCUCCACAAUGUGCUUUACACAGAGGAAGCUCUGCGUCUGAAAGCCCUGGCUACUGAGGAGGAGGAGAAGAUCGCUGCCAUACAGGAGCUGAUUGCCAGCACUGCCAAGGACAUUGUCACUCUGAACGAGCUCAUCGAGACUCUGAAGAAGGAGAUGGGCAACGAGGACCUACCCCUCCUUCGGAAUUUCCAGAAUUUGAAAAGAAAAGCUCAGUGGCCUCACAUGGACCCUGGCCUCCCUGAUGACUCUCUUUUGAACAUGGGCAAGCAUGUUGGUGCUUUGAGCUACAACAUCUGGAAGAGCAUGCAGGCCCAUGUCAAAUACUAUCCAGUGUUGCUGGACCCAAACACUGCCUCUCCAUGGCUGUCCUUGAGUCCUGACCUGACCAGUGUGAAGGAAAGCUCAGAGCGGCUCACCGCCCCCGACAACCCAGAGCGCUUUGAUCCCUGCAUCUUUGUCCUGGGUGCUGAAGGUUACACCUCUGGGAAACACAGAUGGGACAUCAUUGUUGGUGACAGCCCCAGGUGGAUUGUGGGAGUAUGCAAAGAGUCAGUGGCCCGUAAAAAGAAGUUCACCGUCUCUACGAACCGUGGUGUGUGGUCCAUAGGACUCAGCAAAGGGGUAUACUCUGUCCUAACACCUGAGCGUACAGAGCUGCAGGUGCAGCAGCGUCCCGAAAGGAUUCGCGUCAAGCUAAACAUAGAUAAGGGAGAGGUGUCAUUUUGGGAUGGGGGAACAGCAAAGCACCUGAUCACUUUAACACACAAUUUUAGUGAGAUGAUGUUUCCUAUUUUUGGCCCUGGGCUCCAUAGUACUCCUAUGACUAUAGUUCAAGGAAAAAUAGCUGUGCACACAUCAUAAUGGGCUAGGAGGGUUGGGUUGUUAACCUAAACCUGUGGAACUAAAAAUAAGAACAAUAACCUUUUUCAAAUCAGAAGCUUUUUAAAAGCAUGAUAAACUCAGCAACACUUUAGCAAUUAAAUCGUGAUGAAUUACAAAUCUCAUUAGAAUGUCAAGUAAAAGAUUAAAAUCUGACAGUGACGAGAGAGGAAACAUGAUAAAACUGGUGAAGACAAUCAUUAUAAACAUGUUACAUGGGGUGUAAAAUAUACUAAAAUGGGAUUACUAAAAGAAUACAAAAGAGAGUACCAUGACUAAAAGCUUCACAAAGGUUUUUGUAAGAAAAGACAAAAGUGGUGAUUUUGACUUUUUGGCAUUAGAGCCUAAUGUCUGAAAUGACUUGUAACAGUAGAGUAUGUCAGAAAUAUUGCAUAGAGGAUAAUACACAAAAACAAGCAGGCAGCAAGUCAGGAUAGGUAAACCUACCAAUUAAAGGCCUUGGAGCUGCAUGAUCCAUAGGUUAGAGGUGAAAAAUGGCUUUCUGAAUAAUGACGGCGUACGAGGAAUUUGAAAAAAGUAUGUGAUAAAAGCAUAACUGACUUUCUCUGCGGCAGCAAAGGGAAAAUAAUUUGAUCUCCCUUAGCUGAAGGAAACUGAGUUGACUAAUCUUUUGUCACUUUAUCAUGGAGAGACAGACAAGAAUAAAAAAUUCUACUGAAAUACCUGGCAGCCUGGCUGAAGCUAGUGAUCAAUACUGAUGAUGAAUUAAACAUUCUCUCUUUACUCCUCAUAGAGCCAUAGGAAAGUGUGACACCCAGUCCUCAGUAUCUGAGAGGUCAACCAAAAAACAAAAAAAGUUGAAUGUGAAAGUAAUUACUUGCUUGCUCAUCCUACAUCUGUCUUUGGCAAUAUGGUAUUAUAUGUAAGGUGUAUUGUGGUAGUUAUUUGUCAUCUUUGCAGACAUUUGGAGUGAUUUUAUUCUAUCCAUGAUCAGGAAAGGGCUGCGUUUGUGCUUGGGGAAUAUGUGCUUUAAUUGUUUUAUUACUUUUACUUUUUAUUACUACUUUUAAUGAUUCUUGAUUAUCCUCAAAUAUUGUAAUAAACUGUGCUAGUUAUUUGUUUUGCUGUUUAUAUCUCACUACACAGUGUGGCUAGGAACUAGUCAUACUCAGCAGGGCACAGCUUAAACAACUGAAGGAUUAUAUAUACUACUACAACCACUCUGAAUCUGUACAUGCAGAAAGCUAAAUAUGCUGUCUCAUAUGAACACUUGCUCAAUAAAAUGUGAUAAAAAUCUAA